GGCUUACUUUCAUAACAGGAAGUGGAGCGCUGCUUGAACUCUGGUCUGGUGUUUUGCUCGCUUCUCUGUCACUCCUCAAACAGAAGGAAAGAAAGGAUGGUGGCCGAGUCGGAGCCCGGCGACCUGAUCAAAGUCCUCCACCUGCUGGUGCUGUCCUUCUCCUGGGGCAUGCAGGUGUGGGUCUCCUUCAUCGCAGGUUUCGCCCUGGUGUGGCAGGUGACGCUCCACACCUUCGGCCUGGUGCAGAGCAAACUCUUCCCCGUCUACUUCUACUGUCUGCUGGGCUGCAACGUGGUCAGUCUGGCUGUUUACGCUGUCUACCACCCGAGGGAGCUGCUGGACACGCACGAGAGCCUGCAGAUGGCUCUGUACUUGGUGGCGCUGGUCAUGACGGCUCUGAACGCCCAGUGGUUCGGGCCGGCAGUCACCGAGGUGAUGCUGCAGAUGAGGGAGGUGGAGACUGAGCAUGGUUUGGGCAACCAGAUUGGCCUGAAGAGUCAGAAGGAGGCGUACGCCAAGCUCAGGGAGCAGGACCCCAAGUACCGGGCCCAUCGGCGCCGCUUCGGCCGCUACCACGGCCUGUCCAGCCUCUGCAACCUGCUCGGGGUCAUUUGUACCACGGUCAACUUGAUAUACACAGCUCUCAACCUGUCCACCAUUUAGAGAGAAAAGAACAAACAGGUCAGUGUGAACGUUGACACCAGAUGUGCCUCCUCCUGGUUGGGCAGUUCCUGCUGUGGUCUGAAAGUGGGGACUGUUCACUCAAACGUAUGUAAAGCAUUCGUGUCAACACCCGCUGACAAAGAACAACAUUCCUGCUUGUCAUCUUCCAACGUUCUGUCAAAGGAGUGAAGCAGAUUAACUUGAUCAUUUUAACAAAGGUGUGUGUGUGUGCUUCAAAUAGUUGUUUAGCUGUUUUAUGCGGGUACUUUAAAGUGAAAAAUAUAUGUCUGACAUUUCCUACCAUUUUAGAGGUGUCGCCUCUCCGGCCACGAGAGGGCGAUGACAACUCGGUGAAGUUAGGUCGCUUCUUCCUUGAGUUCGGUCAUGAAAAGUACUAUUAAAAAAGAACUCUAUUUUCAACAGGCGAUGUUUUUUUUGUUUGUGAAUAAUAAUAAUAAUAAUAAAUAAGUUAAAUUAAAUAAAUAAAUAAACGACAAUAACAAUAUUAAAACAUUGAAACUGAAUACGAUUAUCUGAAUAAAUAUGAUAAAUAUAUGAAAUAUAAAAAUAUUUGAGUUAGUUUUAGAUUGAUGGCAAAUUCCUCAUUAAAAUGUAUUUCAAGCACUAUUGAGAUUUGAAAAAUAUAUAUUGACUGUUUUGUAUAUUUAAUUUAACAGGCUGAUUUCCUUUCCUUUCAUUGUUUUAAAUAACAUUCAUAUAACACAUAUUUGACUGUGCGAUUCAAUAUGUCAUUGAUAUGUUAAGUCCACAAUAUUAACUUGCUCAAUAGAACCUUUUUUGAUGAGAGUGAAAUAAUAUGCUUUGCUCUCUGUAACAUAUAUGACAAGUGCGACAUUUUUCCCCUGAUACAAAUUUUUGUUUCAAAUAUUUUGGGUCAUUUUAUUCAGUAUUUCCUCAUGAAAUUGUAGACAAAUACUAAAAUAUUUUCAUUAUGCUGCUCUCUUGCUAUUUAAUAUUGUUUUAAUAUAUAUUUUCUUUGCUGAGCUUCAAAUUGAAAUUCAAUUUGUAUGUAUUUAUUGAUUACAUUUUUGGGAAUGUAGAUUGUUGGUGAAUGAUUUUGAGGUCAUCGCGUCUCCAUUCUGUGCCUUCAAAAGAGCCAAACGCCUUUGUUCUGUCAAAUCAACAAGCGGUGUUUGACCAAAGACGAGUAAAUCGGCUUGGUUAGUUAUACAUGCUGCGGCUGGGAGUGAUUCACGACUAGAUAACACAAGAAAAGAGCGACGUCACACGAAGACAAAGAUGCACAGAAUUCUGCUGUCGAAAACCCUCCAGCUCUUUGUGAAGAAACACGAGGAAGUUGCAGAACAAAAGAAACAAACACAGGGGAAACUUGCUGGUCUGUCGUGGGGUGUUGUGCGGCUGCAGAUGCGCCUGCAGUGAUGAAUUAAUGAUGAGGACUCGCAGCAGAGAGAAGCUUUAUUUAAUCAUCUCUGCUGUUUGCAAUCAUCUGCUGCCAGCGGAGGAGGAAUAAGAGCUGAAACCUGCACCUCCGUGUGCUCCCGGGGAGCCAGUGAAGAAUUUUUUUAAUCUUAUAAAAAAUAUAUUCUUUAAUCUCCCACACAUUAAACCUUCUGCUGAGCUGUUUUUGUUUUUAUGGGCUCCCACCUCUAAUCCAAGCAGUGUGGCCCUCAGGAGCGCAGUCAUCUGCUUGGGACUCGGAGCGGAGCCGCUGCAGUAAAGAGAGCUGCAAUAUGGAAGACGGUUGUUUGGAUUCUGUCCUAAAAGCCCCUUAAAAUGCUAAUAUAUUCAUCUGAACCAGCAUUUUUGUUUAUCUGUUUUUUAUUUGUUAAAAAUCGACGUGUUUCACCUGAACAUAUGUAUCUACUUUUUAUAAAUGCUAACACAAGCUAACGUGUCUGCUAGCAUUCUGAAUUUUUUUACUUCUCAUAUCCACCUAUUACCAUCAGAAAGUCCUCGUUAUUGAAUAAACUUGACGCCUCGGAAAGGUUUGUAUCGAUUAGUGCUCUGUGUUCUCAAUAAACUGGUUUCCAU